AUGUCUAUGGAUACGAUGCAGGCUCCUGGACAAUACCACCAGCAGAUAACAACCACUGCCGCAUAUUCGUCGCCAAACAAUGGCCACUAUGACGAGCAACAAGGUACGGAGCCGGAAGGCUACUACAACGAUCAACCCUAUUAUCCUACCCAUGACCCGAGUGAUGGCAUGGGCUACAACUCUCAACCACAAGAACCUUCCAUCAUUACCUCCCCGUACAAUGUGCAAACCACAACCCUCCCAUAUCAUUUCCGAAACCAGUCCGCCGCACAUGACCAGUACGACGGCGCUCCGAUCCCACCCCCGAGAACAUCCUCACAAUACCAGAGUUCCUCUCGCAAUCCGGAUGCGAGAGUAGUAGCAACGAGACAUGCAAGACAGCCUGGAUCGGAGUCACAGACUGGUCGAAUUCAGAACCGUGUCGGAGAUUACAAUGAGGAGCUGCGAGAUAGGCCACGGGACGAUACAGCUACAGCUGCGGCAUCUGCUGCACGUAGCCGAAGAAAAGGCCCUUCAAGCCCUGAUGGCCCGCAUCGAGCCGUGAGCACAAGAGAAAGAAGCCAGCACACCUCUCCUUCUCAAAGCCGCUCCGAAGCUACCAUGCUCCCAUCUCCGGCACCUCCACCCCUUGUGCGUGAGUACAGCGAGGUGAUCAAUCGGCUCGUUGUGUCAGACCCUCAGGUCGAUGUUGAACGACUACAAGAAAGAGUUGCAGAAGCUCAGCCUGCUCCGAUUGGCCUCGACGCCGCGAACGCCGAUGAAGCAUCCGAUGAAGCACUCCCUGCGCCGGGCCCAGCCCGCCGGCAGGAUUAUUCCAAAGCUCGAAGGAAAGAAGUGCAGUUCGGUGAUUACAUGCUGGGACAAACCUUAGGUGAAGGUGAAUUUGGCAAAGUCAAAUUAGGUUGGAAGAAAGAUGGGAGCACUCAGGUCGCCAUCAAGCUCAUUAGAAGGGAAACCGUUGCUUCUAAUCCAACUCGGCUCCCCAAAAUUUACCGUGAAAUUUCUAUCCUGCGUGAUUUGGCACAUCCCAACAUUGUCAGACUCCACGAGAUGGUGGAAACCGAGCGCUAUAUCGGCAUCAUUUUGGAAUACGCUUCUGGUGGCGAGCUCUUCGAUUACAUUCUGAAUCACCGAUACCUCAAGGACCCUGCGGCCAGAAGACUGUUCGCUCAGCUCGUUUCAGGAGUUGGGUAUCUGCACAAAAACGGCAUUGUCCACCGAGAUCUGAAAUUGGAAAACCUGCUCCUGGACCAAAACCGAAAUAUCAUCAUCACGGAUUUUGGGUUUGCCAACACCUUCGAUCCGAAAGACGAGCUCUCCGAUGAAAUCGAGUACAACCUUGGUAAUAGGGAGUUUGUACGGAAGUUCAAACUCGACCGGCUGGAUGCGCGCGGAAUGCGAAGAGGGGACCUGAUGCAGACCAGCUGCGGUAGUCCUUGCUAUGCAGCUCCAGAGUUGGUUGUGAGCGAUUCCUUGUAUACGGGCCGCAAGGUCGAUGUCUGGAGUUGCGGCGUCAUCUUGUAUGCCAUGUUGGCCGGAUACCUACCCUUCGACGACGACCCCGCGAACCCUGAAGGCGACAACAUCAACCUUCUGUACAAGUAUAUCACCACCACGCCCUUGACCUUUCCGGAAUACGUCACUCCACAUGCGCGAGAUCUUCUACGUCGUAUUCUCGUUCCAGACCCUCGAAAGCGGGCAGACUUGUUCGAGGUUGCUCGUCAUAGCUGGCUGAGCGAGUUUCACCACCUCGUUUUACAUAUUACCAGUAGCACCACGAACGUUACGGAUAUUGCACAGACAACUGUUCCAACUGCAGAAGACGAGCCGCCUGCACUGAACCGGAGCGCCUCUGUCCGGGAAGGACCGUCUAGAACGGGCGGGACGUCUCCUGGUGCUUUGUCCCGUACUCACGAAGGAUUGCUACAGGACAUUGACGAAUCUUCAACCGGUUCCCGUCGCGAUCGGGCUGCUCGCCAUACUCUACAACCAGAGUACGUCCCACCUCAGACACAUACCGCUCGUGUGCAAGGCUCUGUCGCUGGGGCUCCAGCGGUGAGUCGUACCCGAGCUGAGGAGGCACCUGAAGUUGCCUUCACUCAGCCAUCGUCUCUCUCUAAACCCCUACCUCAAGACCCGCCCGUUGAAGGCGCACAGAAGAGAAGGCAGGUAUCAGCGCAGGAAAAGCUGUCGCCGCCUGUCCGACCCAGUCGCGAUAUUCCAAGAUCAGUUUCCGACUCUCCAAAUGCUUUCGGUGCUUCUCCCAACGUCACUCAAGGAGGUCAAUAUAUGAGGAGGCCAAGCACUCAAGGAUCCAUGACAUCUGCUAGUGGCCCUGCCAAUACGCGGUCCGACCUUCGCUUGCCAUCUCGUGGAUCUUAUGGUCAGCCCGUAGCGCCCACAGUUGCGGCAACUAAUGUCCAGGGCCGUGUCACGCAACCAACCAAGCCAGUGAGAGGCUACAAUAUCUCUGGCCCUCUCCCACAGACUGGAGCCCAAAAUUCAAUUGGCCAACCAAUGACGACACCGAUGCCAAACCCCAGCUCACAGGUGCCUCAGAAACCGGCUCAUCACCGACGAUCGAGUACGUUGAGUGGACUCGGGGAGAGACUGUUUGGCAGAUCAAACUCGGUGGUGAAGAAAGAAACCGAACGACAGAAGAAUGGACGCAAGUAUCCUCCUACCAGUAUGAGGGAAUACCCUUCCGAAGCGCCACGUCGGAUGUCCACCGAUUCCAAAAGAUCCUUCUCGUUUGGGUUGGGAAAGAAGAGAAGUACAGAUUUGGAGAGCCAGGGGCAGACAGAGAAGACGGUACGACGAUUUUCACUUAUUCCUAACUCGCUUUCAUUCAAGGGCCUGAUGGGUGGUUCAAAGGACGAACCGACAACCAAACCCGGAACUCCACACGGCGAUAUGUAUGUUCCGCCUACUUCCAGUCGGCCGCCGACAGGUCAGGAAUAUGUGGGUCAGCAGAUAUCCAACACCGAUGGACAGCAAGAUGGAUCGAGACCGGUCGUAUACAACAACUUCUCUCGGCCACCCCAGCCACAGUAUCAAGCACAGAGAGGGGUGGCGAUACAGUCGUCGAACGACGUGUAUGGGGGAACGGGCGUGUAUUCCCCUCCAGGCCAAGACCGCACCCAUCACCGUCAACAGAGUGAACCGAUGUCGCAUAUAAUGGCCCAAUACCCCGACAUGGUGGAACCUGCAGGGCGGCCGUCGAUGCAGCAAGGACGACAAGGACGGGUAGUGCUCGUGAAGAACAACCGUAGGUUUGCUGAUGCUUACGAUCGUGAUCAAGGGCCUACUCAUCACGGCGGACGUUCUGGUGCGGUAAAGAAGGUGCAGGACUUCUUCCGUCGCCGCCGGGCUCCAGCGGAGGGGUGA